AUGUCUCGAGCAAUCUUGGUUACUGGUGCGACGGGUAACCAAGGUGGUGCCGUCGUAGACGCCCUCCUUAGCAGGAAACCAUCCGAUUUCCUCCUACUCGCCGUCACUCGUGAUGCCAAGUCUCCCAGCGCCCAAAGCCUCGCCGCCAAAUCGCCAUCCUUGAUUCGUCUGGUCGAGGGCGACCUCGAUUCUACAGCCAGACUCUUUGAGUCUGCGAAACAAGUCGCUGGAACUGUGCCACUCUGGGGUGUGUACUCCGUACAGGUCUCGAUGGGUAAAGGCGUUACGCUUGAAGGCGAGAUCAAGCAGGGCAAAGCCAUGAUUGAUGAAUCGAUCAAGGCUGGUGUGCAGCACUUUGUGUACAGCAGCGUUGAGCGUGGGGGCGACGAGCGAUCGUGGGACAACCCUACACCCGUGCCGCACUUCAAAACAAAGCACGAGAUUGAACACUAUCUACGCGAUACGACUGCCAGAAAGAGCAUGGGGUGGACAAUCCUACGACCGGUUAUCUUCAUGGACAAUCUGGUCCCCGGUUUCCCGGGCAAGGUGUUCAUGACUAUGCUGCGCGAUACAAUCAAAGAUAAGCCAAUCCAAUGGAUUGCUACCAAGGAUAUUGGUUUCUUUGCAGCCGAGGCUUUUCACGACCCCAAGACCUGGAACAAAAGGGCUGUUGGCCUCACGGGAGAUGUCUUGACCUUCUCUCAAUUGAGCGAUACGUUCCAGAGAGUGACAGGGAGGCCAGCUGGCACUACCUUUAGCCUCCUCGGCAAAGCCCUGAAGCAUGGCGUUGCAGAGAUGGGACUCAUGGUGGAUUGGUUCAGGGAUGAAGGGUAUGGUGCAGAUAUGGCCAAGAUUGAGAAGGUCCACCCCAAUGUGACCAAGAUGGAGACAUGGUUGAAGAAUAGCGCGUUUGUCAAUUCAAAGUAG